CGUCACUGUUGGUUUGGGCCAGUUUCGGAAGAUGGCGGAGGCUGCGGCUGUUCCCCCGCAUCGGUUUUUCUGUCACUGUUGUAAGGGCGAAGUAAACCCAAAACUACCGGAAUAUAUCUGUCCAAGAUGUGAUUCUGGGUUCAUAGAGGAAGUAACAGAAGACUCCAGUCUCCUUGAUGGUGCUGCUAAUGGGAUGGAUGACACAGCCACACAGUUUGCAGAGCUAUGGCACCUGUUGUUUGUAGAGCGACCAUUUUCAACAGAUGGGGACAUACCUGAGUCAGAACCCCGGCUUCCUGGAGGAAGCUUGGGCGGUCUAAGUGGCCUGGGGGGGUUGGGAGGGAGUCAUAUCGGAGGGUCAGUCCCAGCAGGCCUCGGGGGAGCUAUGGGUGGCUUGUUAGGCUCUGGGGAGCACUGGGGGCCUGGACGCCCUCCUCGCCUUCACAGCCAGAGGAGAUACAGGUCCAGAGUGAGCAGCAGGCCAGACCGCUCGCCUGCUGUGGAAGGAAUUGUACAGCAGUUCCUUGCUGGACUAUUUGCCAACUCUGGGGUCCCUGGCUCACCUCCCCUCUCAUGGACAGGGAUGCUGCACUCUAACCCUGGGGAUUAUGCUUGGGGCCAGGGGGGGUUAGAUGCCGUGAUUACACAGUUACUAGGUCAGUUGGAGAACACUGGACCUCCACCAGCAGAGAAAGAGAAGAUUUCUUCUCUUCCAACUGUCAAUAUUUCUCAGGAACAAGCAGACUGUUGUAUGGAAUGUCCAGUGUGCAAAGAGGACUUUGCGGUGGGGGAGCCAGUCAGACAGUUACCCUGUAACCACUUCUUUCAUUCAGACUGUAUAGUACCAUGGCUGGAAAUGCAUGAUACGUGUCCAGUGUGCAGGAAAAGUUUGAAUGGAGAAGACAGCAGCACUCAGCCCUCAUCAUCAGAGUCCCCCUCCCUCUCCAUGGACCCUCGCACACAAGAGAGAUGGUCCUUCUGAAAGUCCCGUCUGUCUUUUCAUUACUUCUCCUUGCCUACGUUCAGCAACACAUAGACGUAACACGCCUCACAUUUCCUUUGUUCAUCUCUGUUGCUGACGUAAUCACCUCAGUCUUUUUUUUUUUUUUUCUUCCCUAUUUUAAUGCCUUUUUCUUGAAUAAUGAAACAGAUGGAGAUUUGAUGAAUCUCAUCUGGCAAGUAACAAACCAGUCUGACUUUAAUGAGCAAGCCCACAUCCUGUAUGCUUUCAUACAAAAUCCGUUGUUUUGUUUUUUUCCUUCUUCUUUCUUCUUGGAAGAGCACUGCUGCGACACACUAUUGUUGGGAAACAUUAGUGUCCGCUACAUAUACCAGACCCUCUGGAGUCAUGUGAUGAUUCACUCAAACCUGUAGAUGAGCCCUUUAUAGUUAACGGCAAAAGUAUAGUUGCCGAUUCCGUUCCUUGCAUGACAUGAACACCAAAACGAUACAUUAGGUCUGCAAUUCACAUUCUGUAUGUACAUUAGAAUUUUUCAUGCAGGUUGUGUUCGAGAGCUGAUGAAUUUUAUGGUCACUCGUGACGUAAUUGAAUCCACUGCAUUGUUGAGGUGUUCAUGUUACAGCACCAUCCUGUAGUGUCAGUGUUUGCUGAGGAGCAGGUGGAGUAGCUGCUACUGUCAUCAAAUGAGAACAAAGGAUUCCUUACAGCUGUCAGGACUCUCAUACAUCCAACGGGGGGGGGGGGGGACAAAAAUAGCAGUAAGGAAAUGAAAAUUGUAUGGAGCUCAAUCCAUUAAUACUUUAGAUUUGGACUUAAUCCUCCUGGUGUAUAUAUUAUAAAAAUAGAUGGCAUCCCUCUGUUGGUUUCCUUCUGAAUUGUCUUUUCACAUUUUUAUCACUUGUAAAUAAUUUUAGACCACCUAUUGUUUGCAAAGGAAAUAAACGUUGAGAAUGGAGACACAAAUGUGAAAAAUCUGGUUAUCAUACUAUGUAUAUUAUAUAUGGAAAAUGUUUAUGAUGUAUUAAUAAAUUGGGGGAAAAGUUGA